AUGGCUGCUCCAGAGACUCCCGCGCAGGAUGCGCAAGUUCAGGCCCUCCGCAACAUCCUCACAUCCGAGCAGGAGCCGCUCGCUCGCCGUUUCCGUGCCCUUUUCUCGCUGAAGUACCUCGCCGCUCUUCAGCCGCCCACCGAACAGACCGUUCCCGCUAUAGAAGCCAUCGCAGCCGCUUUCUCCUCGCCGUCCGCGCUGCUGAAACACGAAUUAGCGUAUUGCCUGGGACAGUCGCGCAACGAUGCUGCGAUCAACCCUCUGCGCUAUGUGCUGCAAGACAAAGAAGAGGAUCCUAUGUGCCGCCACGAGGCCGCCGAAGCUUUAGGUGCACUGGGUGACAAAGGCAGCUUGGACUUGUUGAAAGGGCUUAGAGACGAUGUAAAGGAGCUUGACGUAGUGCGGGACACCUGCGACAUCGCCGUCGACAGGAUAGAGUGGGAACACGGGCUGCAGAGCAAGGAUGAGCAGUUGAAGAAAAGUGACUUCGCGUCCAUCGAUCCUGCCCCCCCAAUGCCCCAAGGCCAGCAGGCGCCAUCUAUUCCCGAUCUUGAGAAGGCCCUUCUUGAUACCUCGCUCCCAUUGUUCAAGCGUUACAGAGCCAUGUUUGCUCUGCGUGACCUGGCUUCACCGCCGGAUCUGCCUUCCGCGGUUCCGGCCGUCCUGUCGUUGGCGCGGGGCUUUGCCGACCCAUCUGCACUCUUCCGCCACGAGAUUGCCUUCGUAUUUGGACAGUUGUCCCACCCAGCGUCAAUUCCCAGUCUAGUGGAGACGCUCAGUAACCAGAAAGAAGAGAGCAUGGUGCGCCACGAGGCGGCAGAAGCGCUUGGAAGUCUGGGAGACGAGGAAGGCGUGGAAGAUAUUCUGAAGAAGUUCUUGGACGAUCCGGAACAGGUUGUGCGGGACAGUGUGAUUGUUGCACUUGACAUGGCGGAGUUCGAGAAGAACGGGGAGGCUGAAUACGCGAUUGUACCCGAAGGGAAGGCUGUAGCUGCAUGA